GCUCCUUCCAAGAUGUCAUCCCCAACAAUCAAAAAAGCUUACAUCGACACUACAUGCGGGCAGAUCCACUAUCGUUUUGCUCUCCCAUACCAAGAUGUACCCAAGAAACCCACACCUCUACUCUUCCUCCACAAAUCCGCCUCCUCAUCCGCGUCCUAUACGUUCUUAAUGACCAUCUACUCUUCCCGAGGCUACGCCUGCUUCGCGCCUGACAUGCCAGGUUUCGGAAACUCAUUCGACCCCUCACCCUCCGACAUCACAGAAAUCUCAACUCUGGGAACCAAAUGGUUCGUCAAGAUCUUCAUGCAAGUCUUCCACUCCCUCAAUCUCUUCACGCCCAAAGUCCACAUAAUCGGUCACCACUCUGGCGCUGUAUUGGCUACGGAGAUCGCAGCCACGUACCCGGAUCUCGUCUCAAGUAUAUGUCUCGUGGGUCCAGCUGUUAUGACUGCAACGGAGAGGGCAGCGAUGAAAGGGAAAUACUUUUCUCCAUUCAAUGAACCGGUUAAGGAUGGUAGCCACCUGUUGAAGACAUGGGACUAUUUGGGAAAUAUGGGGAUUGGAGAUGAGUUGGGGUUGUGGCAGAGAGAGGUGUUGGAUCAUGUUAGGGCGUGGAAGGGGAGAAAUUUGAUUUAUGGGGCCGUGUGGGAGCAGGAUGCUGAGAGGAUUUAUACGGGUGUGAAGUGUCCAGUGAUGUUAAUGUGUGCGAGGGAUGAUGUGCUUUGGACGUACUUUCAGUACGUGCAGGAUCUGAGGAGUGGUGUGAAAGCGGUGGAGAUUAGAGGGGCGAAUUUCGGGCUUGACAGGGAUGUUGAGGGGAUUGAGAAGAGUUGGACUGAGUUCUUGGAAGAGACGGAGAAGAAGGGAUAAGAGUGAGAAAGAGGAUUGGUGUUUUGGAGGUUGUGGCGAGCGACUUCAAGGGCUUCUCGCUUAGCGUUUUUCGUCCAAAGUCAACAGAUGAUUGCUGCGACUAUUCGACGUACAGAAGAUUUUUUGGGAAUUUUAAAAUUGACUAUGCAGCUUGGUG